AUGCGUCUCGCUCUCCUUUCCGCGCUGGUGGCCUCGGCCGCUGCCACCACGUCGCGUUCGACGCCGCCGAGCGGCAGCAUCACCGUCUGCAAGUCAGGCUGCAACUACUCCAAGAUCCAAAGUGCGGUGAGCUCCAUCUCGACCAGCUCGACAGCGGCUCACCAGAUCUUCGUCUACGCCGGCACGUACACGGAGCAGGUCACCAUUCCCGCCCUGGCUGGCAAGCUUACCAUCUAUGGCCAGACCACCGACACGUCGUCGUACACGAAGAAUGUUGCCAGCCUGGAGUGGGACUCCAGCCUGCUCAGCGGCGCUGCCGAUGACGAGCACACGGCCGCCCUGAUUAACCUGUCCAAGAACGUGGCUGGCUACUAUGGCGUCGGCCUGUUCGGCUACCAGGACACCCUCCUGGCCCAGACUGGAAACCAGGUGUAUGCGUCUUGCUACAUCGAGGGCGCUGUCGACUUCAUCUUUGGCCAGUAUGCCCGCAUCUGGGUGACGCAGUCGCGUCUUGCCGUCACGGCUAGCGGUGGCUCCAUCACGGCCAGCGGCCGUGCGGCUUCCUCUGGUGACAGCCUCUUUGUCAUUGACCAGAGCACCAUCAACGCGGCUGACUCGAGCACUGCUGCUGCCGGCACCGUCUACCUCGGCCGUCCUUGGGGCGCGUACGCCCGCGUGGUGUACCAGCUGAACAGCCUGUCGUCCAUCAUCAACAGCGCCGGCUGGAGCGUCUGGAGCAAGACCGACACCCGCACGUCCAACGUGGUCUUCCAGGAGUACCAGAACUCGGGCACGGGUGCCAGCGGCACGCGCUUUUUCGAGACCAAGACCAGCGCGCCCGUCACCAUUGAUACGGUGCUCGGCAGCACCUACGGCAACUGGGUUGACACCACUCGCGGCCGUGGUAAACGGACCGAAUCAAGUAAAGAACUCUGCACGCGUCGUGCGUUUGCCAAGCCGGUCUCGAAAGAUGAGCCCAGUGAUACGGGCAACACGACCAUCCACAGCCACAUCCACCUUGAGCGGGCCUGCAACGGACGACCGACAAUCCCGCCUCUGCCCCAUCUCCCGCUGCUCAACAAGCUGUACUGCCGGCCAGCCGACCGUCAUGCGUCCUUUCAGCGGUUCCCCCGGCUUCCGAUGGAGCUGCAGGACAUGGUCUGGCAGCACUGUCUGCACGAGAUCCGCGUGAUCGAACUGUUUGUGCUGCACGUGAGCGACAUGUCGCGCGAUGGUCCCAUCCUGCACGACACCAGCGAGAGUGAGCACCACCACGUCGUCACGGUCAAGGGCCGCUCGCUGCACAGCAAGAUGCUGCGGGUGUGCCGAAACGCGCGGACGAUUGCGCUCCGGUUCUACCGCGUGCACGUGCCCUGCUUCUUCCACGGCAACACGCCGGUCCGCAGCCUCGGACAGGGCACGCUCUACUUCAACCCCGAACACGACAUCAUCCACUUCUUCUCGACCUGCAACGAGCAGGCCAUCACAGUGCUCCGUGACCUGCGUGCGAGGGAUCCGCAACACGUCGGCUUCCGCACGCUGAUCCUCGACCCGCCCUACGUGCAGGCUGCUCUGGUCGGUGGCCGCGGCCUCGGUGCCCUCCUGCUGCUACUCUACAGCGCCACCAUCUUCUGGGACAUCAGUGCCACGCUGGUCGGGCCCACCAGACGCAUCACCGAGCCGGGCACCUACGCCCGCAUGGGACUGCCAGCUCCGCCCGUCACCGCGUACACAAAUCUGAUCGAGCCGGUGUUGGGUCCCAUGGUCGGCCGCUUUCGCAUCCUCUCGGAAGACCCGCGUCCGAUCGGACCGCUGCUUCGCCAUGCCGACAUGAUGCACGGCGUGCUCUGGACCGUGAGAGCUGAGUGGGCUGUGCUGCCGUCGAGCGCUACCGACCCCGCGCUCGCUCGCCGCAUCUUCCGCGCCGAGUGCGGCGAGCAGGUCAUGUUCGCCCUGCGCGCAUCGACCAGACGCGCCCGCCCCCUCGACACCACGGCCCUGCAGGAGGAGCCGUACGUGCCGGCCGACUUUGAGGCCCCCUGGACUGCACCGCCCCCCAUCGGAUUCUGGCUGUUUGCCAUUGGCGCCGUCAACAUGUUUGGGCCCGACAGCGAGAUGCUCAAGCGGUGGCAGCCUUGGCCGCAGCUGGCUGUCAUGCGGCUGCCCUGA